UAGGCUCGGUGCCACUGAGAUAAAUCCCUGGCCCAUUUGUUUAUCACUUUUCAGGCUUUCUACUUCUUUAUUGGUGUUUCCAUUUUGCUCAUAUAUCAUUUUCUUGACUUUGUCCACAUUUUCUUUUACUUCAUUAGUCAUCUUUAAGACAGUUGUUUUAAAAUCUUUAUCCAGUAGACCUGCCUUCCUAUAUUUUUUACCGACAGUUUCUGUUGCUGGUAGUUUUUUCCCUUUAAAUAGGUCAUGCUUUAUGUUUUCUUCGUAUGUCUUGUGACUUUUUGUUGAAAUAUGAGUGAGUGAAUCUAAUAAUGUAACUCCAGAAGUCAAACUUCCUGCUGCUGUGGGGUUUGUUGUUUUCAUUGUUUUUGUUUAUUGCUUUUUGAAAAAUUUGUCAUAGGCUGUAUCUGUGCCAAGAAACAGUCUGAAAUGUAAGCUUAAAGUUUUUCAGGUCUUUUCUGAAGCUGUACCUUUCCUUGGGCAUGUGUAAUCACUUUCUAACUUCUCCUGUUUAUGCAGCUACUUGUGAGUAUCCUAGUCUUUAAUUUUGGCUCCCAAGAGGAAAGAAGAAAAAAAAGGAACAGAAAGGAAGGUGCUUGUUCUUUAAAUCCCCUAAAAGUCAAUUCAGUUAGUGGGGUGGCUUGAAACAAUAGAGGUAGAUGUAGUAAUCAUGGUUGCUUUUCUUUUUGUCUUCACUUUGUGAUCAGAAUAAGCAGUAAGCAAUAUGAGCAAAACUCCUAUAUGUUUGGAAGAAAAAGUGCUUUUUGCCUAGCCAGGCUCCCACAAGCUGCAUACAUGCUCCCUAGAACAUAUGUGUGGUUAUCUCCCACAGGGCUGGGUGUGAGGAUUGGGUAGUUGCCACUGUGCUAAGGACUGAACUUGAUUUAAAUUAACCUCAAUUUUAAAUUAACCUUCCUCCCUGUGGAAGUUUAAAAUGCUGGCAAACAGAAUGCAAUAAAUCAUCAAGGUCAGGCAUCAUGAGCAAGAAGGUUUCACCCCAGGGAUGCAAGGAAGGUUCAACAUAUGCAUAUCGAUAUAUGUAAUAUAUCACAUAAACAGAAGCAUGCACAAAAUCACACGACCAUCCCAAUAAACACAGAAAAAAUGGAUGUUGACAAAUUCCAACAUAGAUUCAUGAUAAAAAUAAUGAAGAAGAUAGAUACAGUGGGACCUAUCUCAACCGAUAAAAAAAUUUUAUAACAAAUUUAUUGUCAACAUCAUACUAAAUAUGGAAAAACUGAAAGCUUUCUCUCUAAAAUCAGGAUCAUGUCAAGAAUGUCCACUGUCACCAUUCCUGUUCAACAUACAGCUUGAAGCAUUAGCAAGAGCAAUCAGAGGGAAAAAAAGAAAUAAAAAGAAAUAAAAGAGAUAUGUAUAGGAAAGAGAGAAGUCAAAUUAUCAUUAUUUAAAGAUGACUUGAUCCUGUAGAUGGAAGAUGCAAAAACUUCCACCAAAAAACUCCAAACAUAACCAAAUUCAGCAAUGUGCCAGGACAUAAAAUCAACACACAAAAGUCAGUAGUAUGUAUCCCAGUACACCAAUAAUGAACUCACUGAGAAAAAAAAUUAAGAAAAAAAUACCAUUCACAAUAGCAUCAAUAAAAAUUAAAUAAUUAGGAAUUAACCUAACCAAGGAAGUAAAAAGACCCCCACAAUGAAAACCACACUACUUUGAAAAGGAAAAUCAAAUAGGACAUCAGAAAAUGAAAGAUAUCCCCUGUUCUAGGAUAGGCAGAACCAAUAUAAUUAAAAAGGCCAUACUUCCAAAACUGAUAAACAGAUUUAAUGCAGUCUCAAUCAAACUACCCAUUCACAGAACUAGAGAAAACACUCCCAAAAUUCAGAUGGAACUAGAAGAGACCCAGAAUAGCAAAAGCAAUCCUGAGAACAAGAGAAAAGCAGGAAAUAUCAAAGUCACAGAUUCAAAGUCAAAUUACAAAGCUACAGUGAUAAAAAUAGCAUGGUACUGGCACAAAAACAGACAUGAGAAUCAAUGGAACAGAAAAGAGGAUGCAAAAACAACCCUAGACACAUUCAGCUAUUUGGUCUUUGACAAAGGGGCCAAAAACAUAAACUGAUGGAAAGAUAGCCUCUUUAAUAAAUGAAACUGGGAAAAUUGGCUAUCCACAUGAAGAAGAUUGAAUCUAUACCCAUAUCUCUCGUAUGCAUUAAAUGAAAAUCAAAAUGAAUCAAAAAUCUAAAUGUGAAAUCAGAACAAAUCUGCUGGAAGAUAAAACAGGUAAAACUCUUGAAGUCAUAAGCAUAGGCAAAGACUUUCUGCACAGAAAACCAAUUGUACAAGAAAUAGUACCAACAACCAACAAAUGUUACCAUAUAAAGCUAAAAAGCUUCUGCACAACAAAGGAAACAACCAACAAAGUGAAGAAAUAAUCUACAGAUGGGGAAAAUUUUGCCAACUAUUCCCCAAACAGAGGGCUAAUAACUAGAAUAUAUAAAGAACUAAAAAAAACUUAGGCUCUGUAAAAUAAAACACCAAAUAAAAAAUGAAUAAACACUUCUCAGAGGAAAUAUAAAUGGCCACUAAAACACGAAUAAAUGUUCAUCAUUUUUGGCCAUUAGAGAAAUGGAAAUUAAAACCACACUAAGAUUCCAUCUUACUCCAGAAAGAAUGGCUAUCAUCAAGAAAUCACAUAAUAACAAAUGCUGAGAAAACUGCAGGAGGAAAAAAGAAACCCUUACACAUUGUUGGUGGGAAUGUAAACUAGUACAACCACUAUGAAAAUCGGUAUGAUGAUUACUCAAAAAACUAAAACUAGAAAUUCCAUUUGGCCCACCUAGUCUCCCUCUAGGUAUCUCCUGAAAAUGUUAAAAAGUCCUUCUAUCACAGUGAUACAUGCAUACCCAUGUUUAUAACAGCACAAUUUAUAAUAGCUAAAUCUAGGAAGCAGCCUAUAUGCCCACUGACAAAUGAAUAGAUUAAAAAGUGUGAUAUUUAUACACGAUGGAAUACUACUCUGCCAUACAGAAGGAUAAAAUAGAGUUAUUUUCAGGAAAAUGGAUGCAUCUUGAGAUCAUAAUGUUUAGUAAAACAAACAAGACAAGUUUAAUUAUUGUGUGGUUUUUCUUAUAUGAACCCCCCCAAAAAUAAGUAAAGAGCAAAAUAAAGGAUACAUAAGAAGUAGGGAGAUAGACCUUUCUGAUAUGUAAAGGGGAUUAAAAGAUGAAGGGAAGAACUAUAGGGAAGGGAAAGUGGCUGGAAAAAAAAAAGAAUUAAAAUGUGUCAUGUAAUUGUACCAACUCACUUUAAGGAAUGUAAUCAUUACAUAUUGUAAACAUGUACUAAUAAAAAUGAAAACUGAAAUAAAAUAGUGUUUCUAUUGUCACUGCAAUUUUUAAAAAUUCUUAGUUAUAUACAUCAGACUCACUGACUUUGUGUGUGUUGAACUUUUGUCCAGUAACUUUACUGAGUCUUCUUAUUAAUUCCAAAACCUUAUCAAUGGAGUCUCCUAUAUUUUCUGUGUACACAAUCAUAUGGUGUACAAGUAACAUAUUCCUUUCCAAUGAUCACACCUCUUGUUAUUUUACUGAAUUAGCUAGGAAUCUCAAUAGUAUGUCCUAUAACCAGUGACACUGAACAUCCUUAUUUGGAUUCUUCUUUAAAUUGUAAUUUUUUUUUGUAUGGGGAUAGAACUCAGGGCCUUGUGCUUGCAAGGCAGGCUUGGUGCCACUGAGCUAAAUUCCUGGCCCCUAAUUGUAAUAUUUCUAACUUCACUUUUAGAUAUGUCAUUUGCUAUAGGUUUUGUUAUAGAUAUUUCUUAAUAGGUUAGGGAAGUUCUAUUUAACAGUUUACUUACCAUGUUUAUCAAUGUAAAUACUGAACCAUAUACAUUUUUGUAUCUUAUGAAAUGUUCAUAAGCUUUUUUUCUCCAUUAAUCUGUUAAUAUGGUAAAUUUUGAUAUGUAUUUCUGUUACUAAUCUAUCCUUACAUUUAUAGGAAAAACUCUUUAUAAUAAUGAAUUUUAAUCUUAUGAAUUACUUGACAGCACUAAUUAAUAUUUCAUUUGUAUUUUAACAUCUAUAAACUAAAGUCAGGAGAACUAUGAUGUAAUUUUUUUUCUUCCAGAUUGAAUAUCAAGAGUUCUACAAUCUUGGGCUGGGCAUUUAGCUCAGUGGUUCCGCCACCUGCCUAGCAUGCACAAGGUCCUGAGUUCAAUCCCCGAUACCAAAAAAAAAAAAGUUCCACAAUCUCAUCAAUAUACCAAUGGGCUCUUUCUCCUCCCCCACCUCCAUUUGAACAUUUUUAAUGGAACUUAAUCUGUUGCUGUACCAUAAAUGAUUAGAAAGUUAUAUUCAAUAAUAUCUCUUUUCUUCUCUUUCCCUAAAUUUGGACACAUAUAUUGUCUGAUCCAUAAUAUCUUUUUUGGUACUUUAUAUUUUAUAAAAUCAUCACCAUUAACAUGAACAGAGAGGGCCAGGGAUCUAGCUCAGUGGUUCCACCGCCUGCCUCGCAAGCUCAAGGUCCCAAGUUUGAUGCCUGGUCCAAAAAAAAAAAAACAAAACAAUUUAAAAAAAGAAAUAUGAACAGAGAAUAUCCAAAAUUAUCUCUAGGUAUUGCUACACAUUCCAGGAAUAUGCUCAAGGAACAAAAUGGACCAGGAAAAGAAUUAAUGAAAGGAAAAGAAUGAAAAUCAAAUUCUAACAUUUUCUUUCCUGACAGAAGGCUUUAAAAGUAGAGCUCCAUCACAAUCUACACUGAGUGGGAAACAAGUAUUUUCCACAUGCAAUAGUCUUCCUGACAAAGCAUAUCACUUAGAACAUACUAGAAAGUUAGACAAUUUUCAAAUUUGCACAGUUGUUAGUACUGCCUGAUCUCAAUCAUUUGCUAAAGAGGAUAAACCGAAUGUGUGUUUUCCCAGGCUGAGGAAUUUGGAAUUUGGCAAGUGGGCAGGACUGCAGUAAGAGUCAAGGGAGCAGCAGGUGGCAGCAGCGCCCACUCAAAGAACUGGAAUUGGAGCGGAUCGCUUAACAGCAGGAGGCCAAAAAGUUCUUUGUGACUACAAUUGCUUGGCUCAUAGGUGGAAGGAAAGAUAAUAUAAUGCAUGAAUCCCACAAACUUUGACAAAAUGGGAUUUUUUUGUGUCUUCUUUUCAUAGAGAAUAAAUUGUUAUUUAUGGGUGGUGGCUUUGGUCUUUGGAAUUCUUCUUUAUUUAAAAUUCUCAGUGUUUUUGUGUCUUCUAGGUGCUCUCCCUGCCCUCCUCUUCUAUCUUCAUGCAUUCUUUUAAGACACACUCAAGUCUUUCCUUUCUAGAAAAACCAAAAACAGAAGAUGCCUGGGUAUUUGCAAAGCCCAAUGCCAUUCAGGCUGUUGGAGUUAUGUCUUUUGCAUUAAUUUGCCACCAUAACUGCUUUUUAGUUUAUGGUUCUUUGGAAGAACCCACAGUACCUAAGUGGUCCCGCAUCGUCCAUAUGUCCAUCUUGGUGUCGGUAUUUAUCUGUGUGCUCUUUGCUACAUGUGGAUAUUUGACUUUUACUGGCUUCACCCAAGGAGAUUUAUUUGAAAAUUACUGCAAAAGUGAUGACCUUGUGACUUUUGGAAGGUUUUGUUAUGGCAUCACUGUCAUCUUGACAUAUCCAAUCGAAUGCUUUGUGACAAGAGAGGUAAUUGCCAAUGUGUUUUUUGGUGGGAAUCUUUCAUCAGUUUUCCACAUUGUUAUAACAGUGGUGAUCAUUACUGUAGCCACACUAUUGUCAUUGCUGAUUGACUGCCUUGGAAUAGUUUUAGAACUCAAUGGUGCACUCUGCGCUGCUCCUCUCAUCUUUAUCAUUCCAUCGGCAUGUUAUCUGAAAGUGUCUGAAGAACCAAGGACACACCUAGAUAAGAUCAUGUCCUGUGUCCUGCUGCCCGUUGGAGCUGUGGUAAUGGUUUGUGGAUUCAUCAUGGCGAUCACCAAUCCUCAGGAUUGUACUCAUGGGCAGGAAAUGUUCUACUGCUUUCCUGACAAUUUCUCCCUCACAAACAUCUCAGAUUCUUAUUUUCAACUGACAACGCAGUAUUCCAUUGUAAACACCAGUAUCUUUUAAUCAGUUCACUGCCUUAAGAAAUAUAUAUGUUUUCAUAGACUUGUAAGUCACCUAAUAAUAUUCAUAUGUUCUAGUCUCUAUGUUAUAAAAUUUUCACUUUGACAUUUA